AUGGACCGUCUCGGCAGUGCGUUCCGGCCCAGAGGCGCUGCUGCUGCUGCAGCUGCGACGACGGGCAAGCAAAGCGUAGCCCCGUUCACGGGUAAGUUCAAGCUGCAGACGCUGCCGCCGUUCACAAGGAUCAAAGCACCGACUACUGAGGCGAAACUAAAGGCCGCGUUCUCCUUCCUCAAGACCACUGGAGCGAGCGCAUCGGCCGAGAAGCAGACGAGCGCAGUGUCCAGUGCGCACAGGUCGGGCAGGUUCCUCCAGCCGCUGGCGGUCGACCGCUCGUCACGAAAGAGCGCGGGCUUCAGCUUCUUGAAACUUCCGUCCAAGUCGAAGGAUGUGGGCCCAUUGACGAGCCGUUCGCUUGUGAACGAAGCGCCAGCAGCACCAGCAGUGUCGAGCACACGGAAGCUGCUGCUGACCAAAGUCUCUACCAAGAGCGUUGCCAACAAACCCGUGCGCCGGGCGACUGAAGCUGACACCGCGCCACUGUUCAAGCUGCAAGCGACAGGGGGGCUGCCAUUCACGUUUCGAGCCGACACUAAAUCCUCUGCCGCCAAGAAGAGAAAAGCGACAGAGGCAGUUGCCGAUGACGACGAAGCGGACGGUCUUGUUGGUACAAGUUGCCGCGUUGGAAGCAGCAGCGCUGGCUUCAGGUUGAAAGGCACGGCAUUUGACAAGGACAGAGGGAAACGCUUGCGGCUGCUUAGCCCUGCUGAGAACGUCGGGCGAAACGAUAGUGGUCGGAGCAGCAGCAGCAUUCCUUUUGCUCUUCGAAUGGGUGGAAAGGGUGGAAUACACGUGAAGGCAGACGACGACGCCAUGCCGAAAAAGCGGCGACUGCUGCUGCCUCCAUCGAAAACGGAUCCAGCGCUCAAAAAAAGCAAAGGCUUGUCUCGAACUGCAGCGCAGCCGCUUGGGGAUACCAAAGUGGCCGGGUCAGGGAGAUCUUCUGACGACUGUCAAAACGAUUCAGUUGCGCUCUUACCAAAUUUAGAGGAAACGUCCUCGGCAGUCCUCGCUGACGCAACGAAGAGCAAACAGUCAAGUGCUGAGGUUCCGCUAUCUCCCAGCGAGGACCAAACUGAAGAGGACCUCGCGAUGAACCUUCUGUGCAUCGUGGACGAUGACAAGGAAGACGAGUUCCUCACCAGAGCAGCCGCUGUUCAGGACUUUACUGACCGUGUGGGACUCGAGCAGAAGCAGAUACUCGGCCGUCUGCGUGAUGUUCAUGCCAACAUCAGUGAAACUCUGCUUGAUGCACUAACGGACCUCCUGGCAGAAGAGGGAGGGAUCGGGAUCGACAAACUCGCCUGCGACAUAAACAUCGACGUCGACAUUGGCGAUGUCGUUUUGCAAGAUGACGAAAUUCAGGUUUUCCUGUAG